GGUCACACUGAAAAAAAAAUGGAAAUGAGUAACGUUUGUCCCUUUAUAAACACACUUAUUGUAUUUUUUGAUUAACUAUUCAUUGUGUGCGCUUGCAGCCUAGGUUCUUGAACAGUACACUGUGCAGAAGCUCCUGAUGAAGGCGUGCAGGUAAUAUUUGAGAGCCUUGCAAGACAACAUGUCUGACGAGGCAAUUUCCGAAAGUGACCUGGAGGCCAGCCCUGAGAGUGAACUGGACUGCAUGGAAAACGAGGAAGAGGAAGAUGAUGAGGACAUGGAAUUCGAUGAGGAUGAAAACGAUGGAGACGAUGAAGAUGAUGACCAACCUGCAAGUGCUCAGAGCCGGACAGACGGGACUCAGGAUGACAGGGACUCCUCUUCAGUUUCCUCUGGAGACUCUUCCUCAAGACCUCCAUCCCAGCCUGCAUCCCGUCCACCCUCCAGGUCUUCUUCCAGACCUGAAUCACGUUCUCAAGCUCCAACCAGUCCUGAGAACUCCACCCAGAGGAAAGCACCCUCUAGUAAAACCAAGAAACAAAAAAACUCUAAAUUACUCAAAUCAUCAAAGUCCUCAAAAGGCUCCAAACCAUCUAAACCUGCACACAUGAGAAAAAAUAUCAGAAAGCUGCUAAAGGAGGAUCAGCUGGAGGCUGGGACUAAGGCAGCUCAGCAGGAAGAGAUGGAGAGACGGAAAAGACUGGAGCAGCAGAGGAAAGAAUUCCCUACACCUGCCUCAGUACUCCCAGACUCUCAACUAGUUGCAACAGUAGAAACUGCAGCUUUAUUAGCAGAAGUAUCUCAUUUAGUCCCUGCAGUUCAGUCAGACGUGAUCUGUCUGGACAGUAGUGGUGAGGAAGAAGAAAAAGAGGAGUCAAAUUUGCCUGUGCUUGCCAUUCGAAAUGAUAUAAUAGAGCUCAGUUCAGGGGAUGAAGACGCCCUGCAGAUAAGCAGCGAGUCAGCUGAUGAGGAUGCUGACGGCACCACUGGAUCAGAGGAAAGCAGCGGUGCACACAUCAAUGAUACACUAAACAUGCCUGAUGCCCAGGGUCAAGUGUUGGUGAAUAUCAACCAUCCUCCAGAGGAGAAAGACAUUUACCUUGCCCCACAGCUAGCCAGAGCUGUCAAACCUCACCAAAUUGGGGGAAUCCGUUUUCUUUAUGAUAACCUCAUUGAGUCUCUGGAGCGGUACAAGACUAGCAGUGGCUUUGGCUGCAUCCUCGCACACAGUAUGGGUUUGGGCAAGACGCUACAAGUCAUUUCCUUCAUCGAUAUCCUUCUAAAGAAUACUGAGGCUCACACUGUGCUGGCUAUUGUCCCUGUGAACACACUUCAGAACUGGUUGUCAGAGUUUAACCUCUGGCUGCCGCCCCAAGAUGCCCUGCCCCCUGACACUGACCCUAUGCUUGUGACUGGCCGCACAUUUAAAGUUCAUAUUCUUAAUGAUGAGCACAAGACGACCAUGGCCAGGGCCAAGGUUGUGGAGCAGUGGUCCAGAGAUGGUGGUGUGCUGUUAAUGGGUUAUGAGAUGUAUCGUCUGUUAUCAAUGAAGAAGAGCUUUGUGAUGGGGAAGAAGAGAAAAACGAAGAAACCAGCUGGACCGGUCAUUAUUGACCUGGAUGAAGAGGAUCGACAGCAAGAACUUAUGAAAGGGAUAGAAAAGGCGAUCACACGGCCUGGCCCUGAUGUGGUGAUUUGUGAUGAGGGUCACCGCAUCAAGAACUACCACGCCAACACGUCGCAAGCCUUGAAGAACAUUCGCUCCCGGCGCAGGGUGGUUCUAACAGGUUACCCACUUCAGAACAACCUUAUCGAGUACUGGUGCAUGGUGGAUUUUGUCAGGCCGGACUUUUUAGGCACGCGGCAGGAAUUUAGCAACAUGUUCGAGCGUCCCAUCCUGAACGGUCAGUGUAUGGACAGCACGCCUCAAGAUGUCCGCUUGAUGCGCUACCGCAGUCAUGUGCUGUAUAGCCUGUUGGAGGGUUUCGUUCAGAGACGAGGCCAUGAUGUGCUGAGAGGCCAUCUUCCAAGUAAAGAGGAGUUUGUGAUCUUGGUACGCCUCUCGCCCAUUCAGAAGGCGCUGUAUACUGAGUUCAUGAAGCGCUUUCGAGAAGCAGGAAACAGUGGUUGGCUCGGUCUCAACCCACUCAAGGCCUUCUGUGUUUGCUGCAAAAUCUGGAAUCACCCAGAUGUCCUUUAUGAAGCCUUGCAAAAGGAAAACCAGGCCAACGAGCAGGACCUGGACCUCGAUGACAUCACCUCAGCCAGUAACCCUCGCUGCCCUGCUCCCAGCGCCGGUCUGAAGACCAAAGCAUCGGACUCAAGCAACAGCAAAGUCAACAACGACCUGCCACCACUCAAUCCAUCUCAAGACAGAGCUAAUCAGGUCAUCACAUAUGAAUGGGCAAAGGACAUAAUGUCAAACUACCAAAUUGGCGUUCUGGAGAACUCUGCUAAAAUGGUUCUGCUCUUUCACUUGAUUGAUGAAAGUGUCAGAAGAAGAGACAAGGUUUUGGUCUUCAGUCAAAGUUUGUCCACCCUGACGGUACUUGAGGACUUCUUAUCAAAGAGACAAAUGCCCAAAGGCAUCGCCACUACUGACAGCAAGAAUCAAAACUGGGUUCGCAACCUCAAUUACUACAGACUGGAUGGGAGUACAUCUGCCUCAGAGAGAGAACGGCUUAUUAAUCAGUUUAAUGAUCCAGAGAACACGUCAACAUGGGUUUUCUUACUUUCUACCAGAGCCGGCUGUUUGGGGGUCAAUUUGAUCGGUGCCAGUCGGGUUAUUGUGUUCGACGCAUCGUGGAACCCCUGUCACGAUGCCCAAGCAGUGUGUCGCGUGUAUCGUUACGGUCAGAGGAAGCACUGCUACAUUUACCGUCUUGUCUGUGAUUUUACACUGGAGAAGAAGAUCUAUGACCGGCAGGUCUCCAAACAGGGCAUGUCUGAUCGUGUAGUUGACGACUUGAACCCAAUGCUGAACUUCACCCGUAAGGAAGUGGAGUCACUGAUGCAUUUUGUCGAAGAGGAGCCUGACGUUGAAAAACUCUUGCUGGAAUCUCAGGAGGUCUUAGAACCAGUGAUAGGUCAAGCUUGCCAGUUUUACCCAAACCUCAUUACAAAGCCACCUUUCCACCACGAGUCAUUGCUGGUGGACCGCAAGGAGUCAAAACUGACCAAAGCAGAGAAGAGAGCUGCAAAGAAAAGCUACGAGGAUGAGAAGCGAGCCUCCGUCCCUUACUCUCGCCCAUCGUACGCCCCCUAUUACCCAACGAGUGAACAUGCGCUUGCGAGCAUAGCAGCCUUUAAUCAACGCGGCUGGCGUUCCUUGACGCGACCAGAUGACAAGCCAGUAGCAAGUGUCCGGCCCAUCCAGUCGACGCCAAUCCCAAUGAUGCCUCGCCAGGUCGGCAUGGGGAUGUCAGGUUUCAGUCCUACAGGCAGCCUCCCUCUCAACUUCCUGCAGAAAGCUGGAGUUUAUGUGCAAAGGAUUGUCACCACGAGUGAUAUUGUAAUCCCUGGACUCAAUGGUCCGUCAGAUAUUCAAGCUCGCAUUCCUGCAGGAGAGAGCAUCCAUAUUAUCAGAGGAUCUAAAGGUACUUACAUCAGGACGAACGACGGAAGGAUUUUUGCAAUUCGAUCAGGAAAGAUGAGCAGACCAGUGAUCGGGGCGUCUGCUCCUUUAAGAGAUACCCAGGGCUCCUUGAUGCAGCCAGUCAGUAACGGUUGUUCAUCACCUGUCGACCAGCAGCAACACUCUCCGAACAGUGACCAGCGGCCUUCCUCUCCUUCAAGCUCUGAGAUUCUCAGAGAGCUCAGCAACUACACCACAGGUGAAGCCUCUUCUGGCACAGGAAACGAACCGUCGUUGCUAUCGGACAUGUCAUCUGCGCCUGCAGGAAACGGAGGCAGUUCACAGACUGGUUUUGGGAGGCAAGUCCCUGACGACCUCCUGAGUUCAGCGUUGGAGGUGCGAGGCAAUAAACGCAAGCGCAAUGAAAACCAGGGCAACAUCGCUCCAACGGGAGGCAAACACACUUCAGCUGCAGCUCAUUUUCCAGGCCUGCCUCUGGGUUCGAGUGGACUCAGUUUCCCACCUGUGGCUCUGAACUCUUCGUCUCUUUUGGGAAACCUCGGCCACAUGAGUCAGCCACUUCUAAUGGCUGGUAGUGGAUCAUCGUUCCUUCAACCUCCAGGACAAACUCUGGCUGACUUACCGUCCAUGUUCCCCCAUGCAGGUGCAGACUUACUGAGACAACCUGCUACGGGUAACGGGCACCUUCCUACCCCUUCAUCCUCUGCUUUCUCUUCUACGUCCGCCACCAUUCCUAUGUCGUCUUCACCCUCAGCAGGAACUUCUUCCUCCCUCUCGUCUGCUCCUUUGCCUCCGUAUUUAAUGAACCCCAACAUGGCUGGUCUCCUUUCUCCAAGUUUCCCUCUCAGCUACAGUCAAUCGCUGCUCUCUGCACCAACAAUGUUCCCCACCACUCUCCUGCCGGGGACGGCGGGGUUCUCAGCACCGAACUCCAACUCUGCUGCAUCCGGCUUCCUCUCCCAUUUCAACAACCCCGCUUCCAGCCUGCUGGGGGCGGCUUUGACCCAACCAGACAGACACCAGAGUUCGGUAAAUGGAGGGGACAGUUCUGAUGACGAUGUUAUAGAGGUGACAGGACAGUAAAAUUUCAAACAGCCCCCACAGUCCAGCAUGUUUGACCUAAAACACAUUA